UUCGCAUACCUCGUUCCAAAGACCAGACCAUAACCCGAAAUUACAGCGUGGGAAAGACGGGCUGAAACUGGAAAGCUGCUUUUCCUAUUUCAACUCGUCUCCUUCGUUGCCUCGUCCGAUCGAUUCCCUUUUACACACUCCGCUGCUCUACGAAAAUUUCUGCUCGUUUCUCAUCUCAGUUUUGCUGAUAUGGCGAGUGGAGGAGUAGGAGGCUACGGAGACGCUAACCAGAAGAUCGACUACGUUUUCAAGGUAGUCCUCAUCGGCGACUCGGCCGUGGGAAAAUCCCAGAUCCUCUCUCGAUUUGCUCGGAACGAGUUCAGCCUGGAUUCAAAGGCCACGAUCGGGGUCGAGUUCCAGACUCGAACUCUCGUCAUCCAGCACAAGAGCGUCAAGGCUCAGAUCUGGGACACAGCUGGUCAAGAAAGAUACAGAGCUGUCACGAGCGCAUACUACAGAGGUGCUGUUGGGGCCAUGUUGGUUUACGACAUAACCAAGCGCCAGACAUUUGAUCACAUACCACGGUGGCUGGAAGAGCUGCGUGGGCAUGCUGACAAGAACAUUGUGAUAAUACUGAUUGGGAACAAGAGCGAUCUCGAGAACCAACGAGCAGUACCCACUGAAGAUGCCAAAGAAUUUGCACAGAAAGAAGGGCUCUUCUUUUUGGAAACUUCGGCACUGGAAUCCACCAACAUUGAGACUGCCUUCUUGACCGUGUUGACAGAGAUCUUCAACAUUGUCAACAAGAAGAACUUGGUAGCAAGUGAGGAUCAAGGCAACAGUAACGCAUCUUUGCUAUCAGGAAAGAAGAUUAUUGUACCGGGCCCCGCACAAGAGAUCCCGCCGAAGAGCACAAUGUGCUGUAGAUCUUGAUCUGGUUAUCCAGGAUAUGGGAUUCAAUUCCGCAUGUUUUGCUAGGAUCUUUGAGCUGAGUGUUUGUAUCUAAUUUAUAUUUUGUGAGAAGUGAGACGAUUGCUUUUGUUCUAAGAUGUCCAAGGAGGAUUGCAUAAACAUGAGGAAAUGGGUCGAGUUGGAGGAA